CGCCGCAUUCAGUGAAACGUUCAGUGUUGAGACGUCAUACGAGGUAGCUAACUGUUGCGUUUUUUAAGUUUUCACGUUUUUAUUGCUCUUGAGCCCUUGCUAAAAUAAUUUGUAAUAAAUUAAAAUCGUAUCUUUUGUUGUUGGAUAUGGAGUAAUGUGACGAUUCUGAAAACGCAACUCUUUCAAAGUGAAAAUCAAAAAGAAGGAAACGGAUCUGAUGAUGUUGCACUAGGAUUUCUUAACCGAGUAUAACUGUUUAAAGAUUUUCAUUCAAGUUCAGGAUUUCGAGGACCGAAUUUGACAGCAAUAGCAGGAGCAAACCCCAGAUAUCAACAUUAUUCCAGGCCAUCCCAUACUGCAAUGUCACUUAUAGAGGCUACCAGUGACAUCUUUUGACUUAAAGAGCCUUGAAGGAACAAUAAGACAUCAGACUCUGAAGAAACCAUGGGAAGCAUGAGGCUCUGGUAAACCAUGUCCUCUAAACACAACAGUACGGACAGUACGGGCAAUGAUAAGACUAGCCAAAUACUUGUUAGGGCUAUCAGCUACCCUCUUUCUGCUGUUAUUAUUUUUGCCAACUUGUUUAUCAUAACCGGAAUCAUCUGUAACAGAAAGCUGCACAAUACCACCAAUUACUUCUUCCUCAGUUUACUGCUGGCUGACAUUGGAAUGGGAAUCGCUCUACCCUUCAUAUCAAGUCUAAGUUUGCAGCAUGAAGUGGAUUUUGUGUCCUGCCUAGCUCUGUACAUCUGCCCCAAUUUCUUCUUUUUAUCCCUUCUUUUCAAUUUAGUCAUGGUACACUACGAGCGGUACCAAUGUAUUAUCUAUCCUUUGCAUUACAGACAAAAGUGGGUAAACCGUUGUUUCUUUCUAGCUCUGGCCUCAGUAUGGAUUCUGCCUCUGUGUUUUGCUUCUUUGCCUGCCUUUGGAUGGAAUGAUUGGAAAGAAUACAAUGAAAGUGAAGUCUGUUCAUAUAAAGUAGUUUUCCAAACUGCAUUUGUCUAUCUUGAGGUAUACGGUAUUGUAAUCCCAGCUAUACUAUCUAUUAUCUACAUGACAGGCAAAAUAAUGUGGGUUGCAAGAAGGCAGCUUAAAAUCAUCUGUAAAUUUCACAGAGCUGUGAAACGGGAUCAGCCUUCUGAAGAAGAGCGCAAAAUGAACCUGAGGUAUGCUAAAAAUCUGGUCUCUCUAACUCUGAUUUUUAUAGUAUUUUGGGUUCCAUAUAUUGUUUUCAUCCAUGUGUCCCUGGAUGCAAUGAGAAAUGGAAAAGAUGAUCCCAAAAAGCAAAUUAUUUUUUCCAGUGUUGGAAUAGGAAGUAUGGCUUUAAUACCAUUGGUACUUGGAAUCGGAAAUCAUCAGUAUACUGCUCCAAUACAAAACAUUUUCUACAAACUUAAGGACAGAUGUGUGAAAAAAAAAGACACAGAUAUACAGCUUUGAAAACAGUGGAAUAUCCAUCUGUCCUUUUUGUAAACCCUCUUUUCCAGAGCAGGUUUGAGCCUAUCCCAGCAAGCAUUCGGCACAAGGCAGGAACAAGGACACGGUGCUAGCAAUUCUAGACUCUGGAAUAUACUACUUUUCAUUUUCUGCAUACAUAAUCUAGUUCUUUCAUAUAAACCUGGACACAUUUGCAGAGGUGAUUUCUGUCAAAAUUUGUGUUGUGGUAAUAGAUCUGUUAAUGCUCUAAAAAGAUGUAUAUUUUUUCAUAAUACAUUCAUGUCAUAAAAAUUAUGAAUUAUUUUAAAUGUGAAUUGCCAAUUUUAAAGGGAAAAUCCUUCUCCUGAUACCUUUAGGACAGUGGAUCUGUUUCUUUGAUUUUUGAUUAAGUGCCGUUAAGUCACAUUAGUGGUUUUCUCUGUCUGUCUCCCAGAAGACCUCUCUGUUAUGUGAACACAACAACAAGGCUUUUCUACAUGCUUGUAAGAUUCCCUGACCUGAAACUCCUUAUCUUUUUUCAGGCAGACACUUGUGGUGAUAUUCACUGUUGCAUAGACAACACAAAAAUCAAGACAGAGCAGUGAUAGACCAGAGCCCAUAGAUCUUUUUAACACACACACUGUAAUAUGAUGGAUUUUGACUUAGCGGAAUUCAGUAGAUGAGGGAGCGUCAGUUACGGCACUACUGCCAUGUGGUGCGAUUCCCUGAGGGUGAGCCAGCUCGU